AUGCACGAUGCUCACGACGCCCACGCGGGCAUCAAGUACCCCAUGAGGCCCCAUCACCAGUCUCACCUUUCGGGCGGCCGUCCCGUCAACCUUCAAUCUCCCCAGGAGCCCGCGUCUGCUACCCAGCGAUAUUCUCCCAUGGAGACCUUGUCCCCCACCUCGCCGUAUGCGCCCAAGUCGGGUUCCAACAGCCAGUAUACCAGCCCGACCUCGCAGCGACAGUCACCUACACGCCAGGACUACUCUCAGCCUCCUUACUUCCCCACUGGUCGCCCACACCAGCCAGGCCAGCAGCUGCCUCCCAUCAACCCUUACGCGUCUGGAAACCCCCCAGAGGGCUACCCUUCGUCUGUUGUUGCCAACAUCGAUGGCGCCUUUAACCUCGAUCCCAAGUCUCCUCGCAGACCUGUGCCCGUCAGCAGGGGCCCUGUGCCAGAGUUUAAGAAGCUGAGGGCUCCGUCUGACCUUCACCCCAAGGUCAAUUCGCAGCCUCCGUUCCGUCGCGCCAAUCCCGAAGGCGGCUUCAUCAGCCCCCUUCAAGCUCUGACCGUUCAUCUGCCUGCUACGUACCGCAUUUGCAACCCAAGCUUUAAAUACGAAUCGUCGCGCAAUCCUCGUAGAGUCUUGACCAAGCCCAGUAAAGGUGUCAAGAACGAUGGCUACGACAACGAGGACAGCGAUUACAUCCUCUACGUCAACGAUAUCCUUGGUUCGGAGGAGGCGGGUCACAAGAACCGUUACCUCAUCUUGGACGUGUUGGGUCAAGGUACCUUUGGUCAGGUUGUCAAAUGUCAGAACCUCAAGACCCAAGAGGUAGUGGCUGUCAAGGUUAUCAAGAACCGCACAGCCUACUUCAACCAGAGUAUGAUGGAGGUUUCAGUACUCGAUUUGCUCAACACAAAGCUCGACAAGAACGACGACCAUCAUCUUCUGCGCCUGAAGGAUACCUUUAUCCACCGUCAACAUCUUUGCCUGGUGUUUGAGCUCCUCAGCGUCAACUUGUACGAGCUUAUCAAGCAGAACCAGUUCCGAGGACUCAGCACCACUCUGGUCCGCGUCUUUGCCCAGCAGCUUCUCAAUGGUCUCGCACUUCUCAACAAGGCCCGCCUGAUUCACUGCGAUUUGAAGCCCGAAAACAUUUUGCUCAAGAAUCUCGAGAGCCCCAUCAUCAAGAUUAUCGAUUUCGGUUCGGCUUGCGACGAGCGACAAACCGUGUAUACUUAUAUUCAGUCCCGAUUCUAUCGUUCCCCCGAAGUCCUGCUCGGCCUUCCUUAUUCCUCCGCCAUCGACAUGUGGUCUCUGGGCUGUAUCGUGGUGGAGCUUUUCCUGGGACUCCCACUGUUCCCAGGUUCGUCCGAGUACAACCAAGUGUCGCGAAUCGUCGAGAUGCUCGGCAAUCCGCCUAACUGGAUGAUCGAGAUGGGCAAGCAAGCUGGUGAUUUCUUUGAGAAGAGGCAAGACGAGUUUGGCCGACGGACAUAUCACCUCAAGAGUAUGGAGCAGUACGCCCGCGAGCGCGGUACCAAGGAGCAGCCGAGCAAGAAGUACUUCCAGGCGAACACCCUCCCUGAGAUCAUCAAGUCGUACCCCAUGCCCCGGAAAAACAUGAAGCAGAGCGAGAUUGAUCGAGAAAUGAACAAUCGCAUCGCUUUCAUCGACUUUGUUCGCGGUCUCCUCACUAUCAACCCUCUGGAGCGAUGGUCACCGCAGCAAGCGAAGCUUCAUCCUUUCAUCACGCAACAAAAGUUUACUGGUCCUUUUGUUCCGCCCAUGAACCUCAAGUCAAGCUCCCUGAACCGAUCACCAGCUCCCGGAACGCAGCAGCAGCAACAAGCCGAAGCACUCAGCAAGCAGCGUGCGCAAGCGGCGCAGGCACAAGCCGCUUCGGCAGCCCAAGGAGCUUACGCCUCGAUGAACUCGGGACAGUACUCACAGUCUGGUCAUGCGCAAUCGCAGAUGUAUGGAAACAACUCCAUGUAUUCUCCUGGAGGCAGUCAUGGAAACAUGCCCUCAGCAUAUGGUCAGCAGUCGGGUCAGUAUGGACCGAUGGUCAUGUCCCAGCAGCCUCAACAGAUGGCUCAGGGUCAAUAUGCGCAAAUGCCCCAGCCCAACAUGUAUCAACAAGGAGGCAUGAGGCAGCAACGGCCACGUGCUUCGACUAUGGAGCAGCAGCAGAGCGGUAUUCCUGCUGCCAUCCAACGAGUGGCCAGCCACCUCGACCCCAGUCAACCAAUUCGGUUGCAGCCAAGCCCGGCGUACUACCCACCAACUGGAGAGAGCAUGGCAUCAGCAGCGGAAAAUGCCACUCGAACAGGGGCCGGACGAAGGGGGAGCCGGGUGCAGCAAGGUGGUCGAGGAAACAGGGACUUUAUCCGGAACCUGGAGGAGCGUACUCUCGAAGAAGGUUUUAUGGGCAACCAGAACACCUGGCAUUGA